AUGGAUCUCGGUACCGCGGCCUCCCGCCCUGAGGGGCCGGCCGGGGCGGGGCUGGCUGCGCAUGCGCGGGGCCGGCGGGCUGGGGGCGCAUGCGCGGGGUCCCGCGCGCCUGCGCAGUGCGGGGCGGCGGAGGCCCGGGCGGCGGGAGGCGGGCGGGCAGGCGGCCCCGCGGCAGGAUCUGGUAUCACCUCAGCCAUGGAGAACACAGAUAAUGCAGAGGUGGAGAAGCCGACUGUGAGCAAUGACAGCACGGACAAUCGUGCCGAAACAGCAGCAGAGGAACAGCAGAUGGACUUCAGUACAGAGAUCAUGAGUGUGACUGAGAUGGAGCAGUCACCUGAUAGUUCCCCUGACUUGAACGAAGAGAACAUGCAGGAGAGUGAAAUUCCAAAUAUUGAGAGUUUACAGACAACAGACAUUGACGCUUGCUUCCCUCCAGAUUUUGACAAGUUCUGGAAAGUCGUAGAGGACAAUCCCCAGGAUUUCACAGGAUGGGUAUAUCUACUGCAGUAUGUAGAGCAGGAGAACCACUUACCAGCUGCCAGGAAAGCAUUUGACAGGUUUUUCACGCAUUAUCCAUAUUGCUAUGGAUACUGGAAAAAGUAUGCGGACCUGGAGAAGCGGCACGACAACGUGAAGCAGUCUGAUGAGGUUUAUCGCAGAGGGCUGCAGGCAAUUCCUCUUAGUGUUGAUCUUUGGAUACAUUAUAUAAACUUUUUAAAGGAGACCUUGGACCCUGCGGAUCCGGAAACUAACAGUACUAUUCGAGGAGCCUAUGAACAUGCAGUUUUAGCUGCUGGGACAGAUUUCCGUUCUGACAGACUAUGGGAAAUGUAUAUCAACUGGGAAGAUGAACAGGGAAACCUAAGGGAAGUUACAUCCAUCUAUGACCGCAUCCUUGGAAUUCCCACACAACUCUACAGCCAUCAUUUCCAGAGGUUUAAAGAACACAUUCAGAACAACUUGCCUCGAGACUUCCUGACCACGGAGCAGUUUGUUCAGCUGCGCAGGGAGCUGGCCUCUGUGAACGGGCACAGCGGGGAGGAUGCGCAGCCUGGAGGCGACCUGCCCUCUGGGACUGAAGAUAUAACUGACCCUGCCAAGCUAAUCACUGAGAUAGAGAACAUGAGGCACAGAAUCAUUGAGAUUCAUCAAGAAAUAUUCAACCACAAUGAACAUGAAGUCAGCAAGAGGUGGACGUUUGAAGAAGCGAUAAAGAGGCCUUACUUCCACGUAAAACCUCUGGAGAAAAUUCAGCUGAAAAACUGGAAAGAGUACUUAGAAUUUGAGAUAGAAAAUGGCACUCAUGAGCGAGUUGUGGUCCUCUUUGAAAGAUGUGUUAUUUCAUGUGCCCUCUAUGAGGACUUCUGGAUUAAGUAUGCCAAAUACAUGGAGAAUCAUAGUAUUGAAGGAGUGAGGCAUGUCUACAGCAGGGCUUGCACAAUACACCUUCCUAAGAAACCCAUGGUUCACAUGCUGUGGGCUGCCUUUGAGGAGCAGCAGGGCAACAUCGACGAAGCCAGAAGGAUCUUGAAAACCUUUGAGGAGUGUGUGCUGGGGCUGGCAAUGAUCCGGCUGCGCAGGGUGAGCCUGGAGCGCAGGCACGGCAACAUGGAAGAGGCGGAACACCUGCUGGAAGAUGCUGUCAGGAACGCCAAGUCCAUCAGCGAGGCGUCCUUCUAUGCCAUCAAAUUAGCUCGGCACCUCUUCAAAGUGCAGAAAAAUCUUCCAAAGGCAAGAAAAGUGCUGUCAGAAGCCAUAGAACUUGACAAAGAAAACACCAAACUGUACCUUAACUUACUUGAAAUGGAAUACAGUGGGGACCUCAAGCAAAACGAGGAGAACAUCUUGAGCUGCUUUGAUAAAGCUGUCAAUGGCGCCUUGUCCAUCAAAAUGAGGAUUACCUUUUCUCAGCGGAAAGUGGAGUUUCUGGAGGAUUUUGGUUCUGAUGUAAACAAGCUUCUGGAUGCCUAUGAUGAACAUGAAGCUCUUCUGAAGGAGCAGGAUUCUCUAAAAAGGAGAGCAGAGAACGGAUCAGAAGAGCCAGAUGAAAAGAAAAUGCUCACAGACGACCCGAGCUUGGCCUCAGCCCAGAUGAUGGAUGGAGACAUGCAGGUCAAUCAGGCAGCCUAUAAUUACAACGCCUGGUACCAGUACAAUUACCAGAACGCCUGGAAUUACGGACAGUAUUACCAUCCGACUUGAUCCAGGGAGAGAGUGAAUUCACUGUGCUGCGGUUUCAACAAAGACAAUACAAAAAUAUAUUUUUCUAAAUUAGGGAUGUGAAAGAACUGUUGUCAUACCUGCUUUUUGGUCUCUUGCAUGUGAAAUGAGCUGAUGUUCACAGGGUAUGUGUGAAGCAAGAUGUGUGUGCUGGUAACCGAUACGUGAUAUCUGUACAAUCCUAGUUUACCAUAAAUGCAUUGUUUUUUAAUUCCCUGCACUAAUUUAUGGAGAUAUCUGAAGAAUUUUUUUUUUCAGUCUCAUAAUGAUUCCAUAGAUUUAAUCAGUAAAGCUGUAGGGUUUCGGUUUUUGGGGUGUUUUUUUCCCCCUAAAGCUGUUCUGCUGACCCAUGUUGGCUACCAGGGCUGCCAGAGGGGGAGCAGGGCUGUCCUCUCUGGUGCUGCUCCCCGGUCAGCACCUCAGACCUGCUCUGUCACCAGCUCCCUGCCUCAGCCAGUUACUCCCAGGCUGCCUGGUUUGUGGCAUUAGGAUUGAACUCUUGGGGUGACACCAGCAGCCCUGGCAAGCUGCCACAGGGAUUUUCUAUUCCACAUUGGGGGGGGGGUGGAGUAAAAAAAUUAAAACGCGGUGCAAGGUGACGUUGUGUUCUUUUUUAAAAAGCACAAACUGUGUUUGGGAUGAUUUUUGUAUUUGGAGUUUUUCAUGUACACAGUGUGAGCAGACUUUUUUUCAUUUUGAUCAAAGUGAUCAUUCUCAUUUUUGUAAUAAAAGCCAGGAAUUCAGUA